GUGGGGCUGGUUGGCGUUCAACUGUGGAAGCACUUUUGGCAUUUCUAGUGGCAAAUGGAAAUUAGCUGCCAAAACUGCGGUGACAACACUUCUUGCCUCCAUGUCUGGUGGCAUCGUUGGCACUUUCCUGAGCUACGUGACUCAGAAAGGGAAACUCUGCACUGUAUUCUUUGUAUGGGAGCCAUAUUUUCUGCAAUCUUGUUACUGUUCUGUGCUGGUGUUUUCAGCGUCGUGUCCGUUAGUUCGGCCCUGGGAGGCAGUGGUGAUCGGCGCCAUUGGAGCAUUCAUCACAAUUGGGACAGAUGUCUUACUGCACAAACUCAAAGUUGACGACCCUGUCUCCGCUGUAGCUGUUCAUGGUGCAUCCGGAAUAUGGGGAUUAUUAGCCGUGGGCCUGUUUGCUGCAGACGAUCACGUUGAGAACUUGACUUCUGGCAGAAACGGACUCUUUCACGGCGGAGGAUUUUAUAUGCUGGGGGUGCAGACGCUGGCGGUGGUGUGUGAGUCGGCCUGGUCUGCGGGGAGCACGUUUUUGCUGCUUUAUGUAAGUAUGCCCUUACAAAUAACGAUGGGUAUUCGUGUCACGGCCGAGGAGGAACUCCUCGGAGCAGACAUCGUGGAGCACAACGUUCAGAAAUCCGGCACAAACUCACAGAUGACCUUCACGUCACAAGCCCAGAACAGAAACCCGAAUUCCACUCAGACAGUUUCCCAGCAAACACAAGGAUUGUCCAGAACAACCAGAGAUCGCAUACAAGGCGGCUGGAAGAGCCAGGUUCUAACGUUAUCUUCGCUAGAGAGUUUGAGUCGUGAAACGGAGUACAGUACGUUCUCCAAACUGCACGAUACAAUGAGCAAAAUCGAAAGAGAAAUCCCUUUACCAGAAUAUUUGGCUCAGGUGUAUCCGGCAUGA